AUGUCUCGACCUCUGCAAACCGUGGCUCCUUUGAUGCGCCAGAUAUCGCGGCGCCAAUUUCUCACACCCAACGUUGCGCAGAUUAGACUAGCACCGCGGUCUACAAUACGCUCCAUUACCACUGCAUCCGGGACUGCCUCGCCUUCAAGACCCACCUUCCUCCGCCGAACAUUCGCAUACACCGCCCGCGCCCUUACCUUCACUAUCAUCGGAGUCGCCAUGGCUGUGUCACCCGCCUACCAAACCGUAUCGGGCUACAUGACGCCCGUGUCCGAUGAGGACACGCUGCAGAUGUGGACGCCCCCAGACGCAGAGACCCAGGCGCUCGAGGACCAGCUGAAAGCCAACGCGUACAUUCAAUCGCUGCGGCAGAACCCGACCUUCGUCGAGCACCGGCCGCACCUCAAGGUGCCGCCCGCGUGGCGCGCGCACAACCUGACGGGCGGCACGCUCAUGGGACCCGGCAAGGUGCCGAUCCCGCCGCUGGGGUUCAUCGACACGGCGGGCGACAAGAAGGAGUUCGUGCAGAUCAGCUUCGUGGGCCAGGACCUGUGCGGCCACCCGGGCAUCGUCCACGGCGGCUUCCUGGCCACCAUGCUCGAUGAGGGCCUGGCUCGGCCCGCCUUCGAGGCACUGCCGCACCGCGUCGGCCUGACGGCCAACCUGAACGUGAACUACAGGGCCCCGUGCAAGGCGGACCAAUUUGUCGUGCUCAAGGCCGAGGUGACCAAGACGGAGGGCCGCAAGGCCUGGGUCGAGGGCAGGAUCGAGACGCUGCCCGAGGGCGAUGAGAAGCCUGUGGAGCUGGCGAAUGCUACGGCGCUCUUCAUCGAGCCAAAGCAGGCUGCGGCUCUGCGCAACUACGCUGCGCCUACAGCUCCGACUACAUAA